GCAGAACGCCCUAAUUUGAUACCUUUUCAGGAUACUCAGUAUAGUUGGACAGAUGAUUUGCCAGUAUGUAAACAAUCUGGUGCGUAAAAAUUUGUUAAACUAACCUAAAAAUGUCCGUGUUUAUGUUUACAUUUCUUUGCUUUUUUUCAGGCGUAGGAUUUUCUACAAAUCAAAUCUAUCGCGAGGAUGGGUACAGACAAGAGGAACACCCGUUCGAAGAUCGAAGUUUUCAUUGCCGCUAUGACGAUUCAACAUUUCUUUAUGGAGUGUUUGAUGGCCACGAAGGUACCAAAGUUGCAAACUUUGCUAUGCAGCGAAUGGCUGCGGAAAUUUUACUUGGACAGUUGAAUGGCAAAUCAACGGAUGAAGAAAUUAAAGAAGUUCUUAGACAGGCAUUUAUAGCAGUGGAAAGAGGAUAUUUAGAUUCUAUAGGAGAUCUUUUAGCUGAACGAACCAGUUUGCAAUUUGAUAUACCAGAUGGACUGAACUCCUAUGAAACAUAUCAAAAGUUUCCUCAUUUGGUCGGUUUGGUUAAAGUGGAUAAAUUAAAUGCUUUAAAUUGUGAGCUAUCAGCAGGAACCAGUGCAGUUGUAGCUCUUGUAUAUGGUGGAAAAUUGUAUGUUGCAAAUGUUGGUGAUAGUAGAGCUUUAUUGUGUAAAACAGAUGCCAAUCAAGUGUUAAGGGUUGUACAAUUAAGCGUGGAUCAUGAUUUAAGAAAUGAAGAUGAAUUGUUGAGAUUAUCUCAUUUAGAGUUGGAUACUGACUCUAUAAGACAAGGAUCUCGUAUUGGAAAUCAGGAAACUACACGUUGCUUGGGGAAUUAUCUUAUUAAGGGAGGUUAUAGAGAAUUUGAAGAAUUAGCAUCUGCUACAGCAGAACCUGUUAUUGCAGAACCAGAAAUUCAUGGUGGAAUAGAAAUUGACGAUUCUUGUAAGUUUCUAUUGCUUAUGUCUCGCGGACUAUAUAAGUCAUUGGAAGAAGUAAUUGGAGUUGAUCAAGUUAACAUAAAAUUAAUUAAUUUUGCAGUUCAAGAGGUACAAUCUACUUUAACAGGAGUUGCUCAAGCUGUUGUAGAUAAAGUUGUAAGAAUUCAUCAUGACAUAAAUAUGAGUAAUUUACAAAGUACAGUAACUACUGGUAAACGAGACGAUAUUACUCUUCUUGUACGAAAUUUCAAUUUCCCACUUCCUCAUGCAUUGAAAAGUCCAACUAAUCAGUCUGUUAGAUUUAACCCGAUUAUAGAAUCUACUCAGAUUACAACAAUACCAGACAACGAGUAUUCAACUACGAGUGCUACAGAAGAAAAUUCCGAUUUUUCAACGACUGAAACUUCAUCGUCAUCGGAUAUAUAUCCUCCUGGCGCAAGACCAACGAACAGAAAUACUAGAAUUAAAUCUUACGUUAAUUUUUCUGAAUAUUACGAAAACGUUGAAAAGAGACGACGAGAAGGAACAUUGCCAGAAGGUAUCAAUUUUUGAAAAAUAUUAUUAUUAGUUAACUACGCCUGUAUAAAU